GCUAUUUUCUUUUUGUCACAGCUGCUAAUAAGCAGGUUGAACAAAACCUGAGCUGGGGCCAAUGCAGAACGGGGAGGUUAUGAGCCCGCAGGACUCCAAGGCAUCGGUGGAAGAGACCAUGGAGGACCACAAGGCCCCUUUCCAGAAUCAAGGAUGCCCGGAGCCCACAGCUCCUCCGCUUCCUCCCCCAUCACCACCACCAGUGGGGACACCAGAGUACCCGAGACCCAGGCUCAUCUUCCACACCCAGCUGGCUCAUGGUAGCCCAACAGGGCGCAUUCAUGGAUUCACAAAUGUCAAGGAACUGUAUGCCAAGAUUGCAGAGGUGUUCAACAUCUCUCCCUCAGAGAUCCUUUUCUGUACCUUAAACUCUCAUAAAGUGGACAUGCAAAAACUGCUGGGAGGACAAAUUGGACUGGAGGACUUCAUCUUUGCUCACGUCAGAGGAGAGUCAAAAGAAGUGGAGGUGACAAAGACCGAGGAUGCAUUAGGUCUCACCAUCACAGACAAUGGAGCUGGAUAUGCUUUCAUCAAGAGAAUAAAAGAAGGCAGCACCAUUGACCAACUGAAGGCGGUAUGUGUUGGUGACCACAUCGAAGCCAUUAAUGACCAGAGCAUUGUAGGAUGUCGACACUAUGAGGUCGCCAAGAUGCUUAAGGAGCAACCACGAGGUCUCCCUUUCACUCUUCGCCUUGUGGAGCCCAAGAAAGCCUUUGACAUGAUUGGAAUGAGGACUAAGGCACCAAAAUCUAAUGAGGGCAAGCUGGUGAAUGGAAAAGAGACUCUUCGGCUUCGCUCCAAGGGUGCUGCUACAGUUCAGGAAGUGCAGAAUGAGUUUGAAGAACAGGCCACCAGGAAAGUGGAUGAUCUUUUGGAGAGCUACAUGGGGAUCAGAGACCCCGAGCUGGCAACCACCAUAGUGGAAGCAGGCAAGGACAAGAAGAAUCCUGACGACUUUGCUGAGGCCCUGGAUUCUGUUUUGGGAGAUUUUGCUUUUCCUGAUGUGUUUUUGUUUGAUGUUUGGGGAGCUAUUGGAGUUAAAAAUGGCAGAAAUUAGAUGUUACUGCAGUUAAAAGUAUUGAUUCUGAUCUGUGGCAAAUUCAGCUGUACAAAAAACAUAUGCAGUUGUUUUAAUAUUGCCUCCCUAGUCCUUGGUUUGACCCUUGUCACCUUUUAAUAUUAUCCCAUUAAGGAUCACCAUAAAUUCAUCAAUCUUCCUUUGGACUUUUGAAUUUUCCUCUAACGGAUCGUCACUAACAACAAUAAAUGCAAAACACAGAAAACCCCAGAGUACUUUUAAAUUCUUCUGUCUUUCAUGCAUUUUGUUUUUAUGUUCGUAUUCAGAUCGAAGCUUACAAAAGAUUUAACUGCUUUCUUCUUACACACAUGGACCAUUCUGUAAAUAAGCUUCAAACAAGAUUAAUAUAUUAAUAUCAGAACAGUGGACAUCUGGGAACCAUCUGGGAAAGCGCCAUUUAGGAAAGAUUUAAAUAAGCACCUGUAAACUAAAAUUCCCUGGAUGAAAACCUGGAGGUCACAACAAGACACAACUCUUUUUGGGUAAGGUCAAAGGUAGGCAGUGAUAUGUUUGAGGUCAAUGAACAAAGAUUACACAUUAGCCCUUUCCGAAAUUGUAAUUCAAACAUUCUGAGGGGAGAGAAGACGGGUCAAUAAUGUGCUUGAUUGUGUUAUCCUGCCUAAGAAACUGUACAUAAUGCAGGUCUGUUCAGGCUAGGUUCUUGGAUUCCUUCAAAAAGAACAAUCACAGAGUAGGUUAGACAGCUGUCUUUUCUCUGAAGAGUGGUACUGCUUUUGCUGACGUUGAAUUGUUUUCAGCACAUUGGCACAUAUGUUUAGCUGAGUAAAAAGAGGGCUGAACGAAGAAUGAUUUAUUUACAAAUACACAUUUUAGAUGUCUUAUAUAAUUUUACCAAUCCUGUAGAGUGUGACCUAUAAGAUCUUGAAAACAAAGUAUCUGCUGAGACAUUAAUCCAAAAUUACCUGGGAAAAAUAUAUAAUACCAAGGGGCAUAAGCCCAGCUAAAUGACCAAGCUCUGCAACAGAUUAUCCAUCAUGAUCAGCUAAACUGGAACUCAACAUUAUAC